AUGGCCAACUUUCUCUGUCAUCCUUUUCUGUUUUUCUCACUCUCUUUCUUUCUUUCUUUCUUUCUUUCUUUCUUUCUUUCUUUCUUUCUUUCUUUCUCUUUCUUCAUAACUCACCGCUUUGUCCCCUCAAAUUCCCCAGUCUCUCUCGCUGCUAAUCGCCAUAAACAUGACGAACAUCGUUCCCAGUCAAUCAGCAAUACGAGAGUAUUAAACUCGCAAUACACUCCUCCUCCUCCUCUCUCUCACAUCAUCGUAUCUCUUUUCAACAUUUUUACUUCUCUUCCAUGUCAUCAUCAGUUGCCAUCGACCCAUCUCUCCGCCAUAGCACUUCUUCAUAUCACACGAAUCAUUAUGUCGUUUUUCUUUUCUUUGAAUACCACCCGUCCCAACUAUCUCCGUUAUUCAGUUAUUGCUGUCAAUAACAUCGCUAUUCGCACUUUCACUUCUUUUGUUCAAAUUGGAAAAAAGGCUGUUGCUUCAAAAUCCACUCAGUUUUCUUCACUUUUCUUUCCUGUCAUCGUGUUUCUCGUCCCUGUGCGGUCUUUCAUAAUGCUUCUUUAUUUUCGUACAGUAAUUUUAUCAUCUAUCACUUUUCUUGAAGAGUGCAGUUAG